UUCAGUACAAAUUACGAUGGACAGAGGUCAUGGGAAGGCUGGGGAGACCAUUAUGCAGACUCUCUGAAUGCAGUACAAAACGGCAUUGCAUUUCUUAUAGUACUCUACUUCUGUAUGAUUUCUAUAUCAUUUGUGCACCGCAUGUACCAGCUGUGGACGAAAAACCCUCUAACUAACAGAUGGUGGGCCUCCAGCGUCUUUGUUGUCUUGGUACUCCAGGUUGUGUAUGGAAGUGUUUCAUUGUCUGGCUCAAGAGAAGCAUCCAGAGGUCCAGGUUUGAAGGACAUCCCUGCGUGGCUCUGGUUGAUGGCCUUCAUAUGGCCCUUCGUCCUCAUUCCCCUUAAUGAAGUCAUCAAAAGAAGAGAAAUUAGAGUCAACGUCAGAUAUCAGAAGAGAGCGAGACUUGAAUUUGGGACAAAAUUAGGAAUGAAUUCGCCAUUUUAGACCUGAACAAGACUAACACGGUAUCUAUGUGAGCUUCGAGACAUGUUAUCAGUAUGGCAUUGUUACUGCACACUUUACUUUGUCUUGUGACUUGAUAAUUAAGGUUAAAGUGAAUUUAAAUAAACAGAAGCAAAAUUACAAGAUAUGUAUUUUUAUAUUCAUUAAACUAGUAUUUUCAUGAUCAUACUCAAUGUUUAGAAUAGUUUUUCUAUUAUAAAUUGAUACUUUACUAUGAAUGGUGGUCGGGUUGUGCUGAAAACUGUUCAGAUUAAUAUAUAAUUAUGUAAUAUGGUUCACAUCUGGAUAUUUUGCAUUUCCAAAGUAGUUUUAUUAAUAUGAAUAUAUUUAGUUUUAAUUAUUUGUAUAUUUAAUUAUAUUAUUUAUUUACUAGUUUAUUUAAAUUAAAUGAGAUGAAAGGAUAUUAGAUAAUUGUGGCAUAAUAAUUUUUCUAAAUGAUUAGAUUAAUUUAUCAGAAAGUAAAUAAAAAUUUUAUUUAUGGUAAUUUUUAACAAAAUGUUAUACUAUGAUGCUCUAGAAUCAUAAUUUGGCUAAAUGUGAAUAGAUGCUAGAGAACCAAUGAUAUACAGUUGUACUUAAUUGAAAAUACACAUA